GCCCCAAGCUUGCCACUGAACGAUCAAAGUCUAGUCUCCGAAACUCAAUUCCUUUCCGUCUGCUCUAGGUCUUGCGCAGUAACGACGGUCGUGGUAACAUGUUUCACCGAGCAUAUAUUAGCAAGCGGCAGCCUACCAGAACGAAUGAUCCCCGAGACACCUACGAUACCUUGCAAUGGACUAUGAUACAUGCCCAUGAAGGGAUUAAGACCGGUUUUGACAAUAUCCUUCAUCUCCUGGAAAACGUCCCGCACGAUGACCUCCAGAACUUCCUCGGGUACUGUCUUGCGUGGGCUCAACUGUUCAAAGAGCAUCAUGAUGGCGAAGAAGCAGUUGUGUUCCCCUUUUUGAACCAGAAACUCGACUUCUCAAAGGAGAUCGAACAACACAAGGGUAUCCAUGCAGCACUAGCGACGAUCAUUGCCACUAUACAAUUAGCGCAAGCGCAACCUGCACGGUUCGACGCUGAAGAGUUGAAGUCACAACUGAUUUCUCUUCGAGACCCAAUGAUUCAACACCUGGAUGAUGAGGUAGCUGACCUCGAUCCUGAAAACCUCAAGGUUUUCUCCGAGGACGGCAUAAAGAAGAUGCUCGCCGACAUGAUCGCGUGGUCCAAAUAUAACGGAAGUCCGUUCUUGACUCUACCUUUCAUGAGAGCUCACGUUCCGCCUGAGUUCAAGGACCAUUGGCCUAAGAUGCCUUGGUUCCUCCGAAAGAUCCUCAUUCCAUGGAUAUUCGCGUUCCCACAUUCAGGGUACUGGAAGUACGCGCCCUACUCUGUCUGAAAUACUAUACUACUCCCGAAGCCAAUGUAUUAUGUAUUAAUAUUACUUUCCUAGUGAGGUUCAGGAAUAUACCACUUGCUCUCAA